AUGUGGGAGAAGGACUUCAAAGAAGCAGCAGCCAGAGAGGGAGGGAGAAAACCUGGAGAAGAGUUGGUCAUGGAGGAUGCUAAGGGAAGAGCAUAUUUGAGGGGGGAGGAGAGCACCACUGUCUGGGGCUACACAGAGUUGUGGUUUGUGGCCACGCAUUCCUCAACUGCUCAGGCCCCGAAGCAUUCAGACUCGGUGCCCACCAGCGGCCUCCCCUGUGUCCCUGUGACCGUGGCAGCAAAGACGGACUCAGGAGUGCAAGUUGCUGAUGAAGUAUGUCACAUUUUUUAUGACAUAAAAGUUCCUAAAUGCUCCACAUCAGAAGAAAUCAAGAAAAGAAAGAAGACUGUCAUUUUUUGUCUCAGUGCAGACAAAAAGUGCAUCAUUGUAGAAGAGGGCAAAGAGAUCUCAGCUGGAGAUAUUGGUGUAACCAUAACUGGUCCUUUCAAGCACUUUGUGGGAAUGCUUCCUGAAAAAGAUUGCUGCUAUGCUUUAUAUGAUGCAAGCUUUGAAACGAAGAAAUCCAGAAGAGUAUUGUUUGUUUGUUUGUUUUUGUGGGCACCAGAACUACCACCUCUGAAAAGUAAAAUGAUCUACACAAGCUGUAAGGAUGCAAUCAAAAAGAAAUUUCAAGCAAAUGGACCAGAAGAUCUCAACUGGGCUUGUAUUGCUGAAAAGUUAGAUGGGUACUUAAUUGCAGCUUUUGAAGGAUGA